UUAGUCCUCAGCGGUGGAUUCAUGUUACACUAGAACGAAACUUCCUGGAAGCUGCCAUGGCGGAUCUCUCGCUCUCAUCCCUUCCAUUUAAAUCGGCAAUUCUCCUUCUCUUUCACCUCCAAUUUCUCUUCUCCUUCCCCAUUUUCAAUUCCGUCUUUCUCUUCUCUACCUUCUGCACUUUCCGCCAUGAAAAUCCCCAAAAGAUUUAGCCCUAAACGCCUCUUCCGAUCCAAGAAAUAUCACUCCGCCGACGUCUCCCGCUCCGAUCCCCCGUCUUUCGGUUCCGGUACGUCUUCUUCCUCUUCCUCUUCCGAGACUUUCUUCAAACCUAACGCAACCGCUACCGGUUACGGAACUCCGACCAGUGUUCUCCCUCCCGACUGGCCCGACUCAGGUCAGAGGGAAAACGAUGGCGUUGUGUCCAGGAAGGAGUUGGAGGCGAUUCUUAGCCGGAUCGCGUCGGAAGAGGAGGUUGCGAUGAUGCUGAGCGAAGUCUCCAGCGGCGGCGGCGGCGGCGAUGGAUUUAUUUGGCUGGAGGAAUUGAUGGCUCAAGUUGGGACCGGAGUUGAAGCGGCAGGAGAGUCGGAGCUUCGGGAGACGUUCGAGUUUUUCGACGCCGAUCAGGAUGGGAGGAUCACGGCGGAGGAGCUUCACGAAGUUUUCAGAUCGAUAGGGGAUGAGCAGUGCACGUUAGAGGACUGCCGGCGUAUGAUAAGGGAUGUGGAUGAGAACGGGGAUGGGGUUGUGUGUUUCGCGGAGUUUGUGCGUAUGAUGGAGCUGCAGGGAUGAUUGAAUGUACGGCCUUGAUGCUUUGCAUUGGAGGGACGUGAUGCGUUGGGAUAAUGGGUUUGUUUGUUUUUUUUUCGGUUUUUUCGGUUUCUUUUUUGGUUCGAGUGUGUGCUAUGUGUAAUAGAAAUAGACACAUGAUAAUUGUGGUUUGGACCGUUGUGACCGGUCCGACCGGAUCCAUCAAUUUAUGAGAUGAAAAUAUGGACUCUACAAUUUUAUAUACGGUUAGUUGAUGAUUAAAUGAAGUAAAUGUGGAUAUUAUUUUGCCAUUUGGA